CGAUAAAGACAUCUUUUGAUGGAGUGACAUUGUUAAUAAGCAUACUCAUUUCCCGCAAAUGCGUGAUUAAGUGCACUUUAAGGUUACCGAAGUACGGGGAUUAUGUUUUAUUGACUUUUACAUCUGAAAGGUUAACAGCAACUGUGAACGUUACUGCGAUAUUAAACAUCGAUUAGAUAAUCAAUUAAGAAUGUUCCCUCAUGCGCGGCUGAGUGAUACCAUUCUGUUAACUUACGCUGGUAAAUUGCUACGGAUGAAUUUCAAAAUGCAUGACGCGAUGUUGACAAAGGCCAUAAACGGAUAAAGAGCGUUCGACAAUGGCGACAGAUUCACCGUCUCCUCCAAUACGAUUUGACCAAAAUGGUAAUUAUGGCAGAUUAUUCGAGCAAGAGCGGUCCGAAAAUCGACCGGUAUUCGCUUCCGCUGUUCCUCUGCGACUCGGAAAUGACGACGUCGGAAAUGGCCUGCCAACAGUUCCUAUUAUUCACACGAAGCGAAAUAGCGAAGGGCAAGUACUGCAGGUAAAAUUUGCAUCGGAAGUGACAAUUGCACGUAUUUCGGAUAACAUGGCUGUGUCGUCUGGGUUAGUUAUAGUAAACCAGUCGCUUGAACGACAAAAACCAUUGGUGCCGAACAUCUUGAAUGUAGAUCACAAUCAUUAUGAGCAGUGGGCAAGGAUAAAGGGCCGCCGCGUGCCUAACAGCUCCCUUCUACGAGGCAUACAGGCCCUUAAAGCUCGAAUGAAACGAGAAAGUAUUGAGCAAGAUCGUCCCGAAACGAGAUCGAGUGCUAACAGUAGGGUGUUGCAUAUAAACACACUCAGUAAAAAUAGUAUGCUCACUAGAGAUAAACUCACCGAUGAAAAGUGGAGUUUAAAAAGAGAAAAAUCGGUGUUCCAUUUACCGAAGCAACCAAUAGAGCUACGAGGCGUUUUAAAAACAAACGCUCAUGUUAUCGACUCCGAAUCUUUUAAGAACGACGACAGCCACGAUUUGGAAGGUUGUGAUUCAAGACAAGAUCGCGUGCCACAUCGGGAGCAAAUCAAACCUCGUAUUGGAGUCGCGCGCAUCAAGGACCGGUGCGCGCUUCCAGUUUCAGUGUAUCAGCCAAUAAGCAUCGGUGAUCACGUGUUUUUUAUUAACGAGCCAAUCAGAUACAGUGAAUUUAUACGAAUGCGGUCAAGACAGAGAAAGGAUGGGAGCAUGUCCUCCAACGAGAAUCUCCGACAGUCAGACGAUAACCUGCAUAACCCGAACAUAGAAAUCGGCCUCGAAGGUUUGGACAGGGCUAAAAGUUUUACUUUGGAGACUCAGUUUAUAAAAAACAAACGAGCGCCUGCGGUAGUGCCGAGUGCAGAGCUGUUUGAUUUUUCGCAGCUCUCUGAAAUCCGAAGCACCAUGGAGAGUAAAAUAGCUGAACGGAGUAAGACUGAAUUUUCUUUCAAUGUUCGUGGGUCAAGGUCGGUGAAACUCGUUCCUAACGUACGGAGAUUGAAAGAAGGGAGUAUGAAGACAUAACGAAUUCUGCGGUCGUUGUUGAAUUACUUAUAAUGUCGUUUUGCGUGAACGUUUACACAUGUUUAUAAAGAAAUUAAAAUUGAAAUUAAAGGGGCACAAUACUCACGAUAUAUGAAAUCGUGAUAAUUGGUAAUAAUUGUGUAUCUGCAAUUAAUUAGUUGAUCACGGCGAUAACAUAAGUUAAUCCAAAUGAAACAAGAAGGGCUUAAGUACCGUAAUAAAUCUAAGUUUUUGGACACGAAUAAAUAAGUAUUUUUUUCGUGUCCGCAAAUUUAGGUACGAAAAAUAUUCAAAAAUAACAGGUAACCUAAAAUUUUUAGACAAAAAUUGAAGUGUCCGGAAAUUAUAAUUGUAUUGAAAUAAAUGCAUAAAUCAAUAUACAAUAAUUUUCUUAAUGUGAUUAACCCUUCUUUUUCUGCUUAAAAAAUAGCUUUGCUUACUGAAAUGAUAUAGAAAAAAAGUAAAAACAGAAAACAUUCUUCUUCCUUAAUAGGACUACACUGUUUCAAAUGCAGUUGUGUGAAUCCAUUACUUUCUACCCAAUUACGCGAAUGUACCGGGUGCAAUGGUCCAUUGCCCUCAGGCAUGCAUCUGCCUGGUUUUAUGACCUUAAUCUGGUUGUAAAAAUCCAUGAUCUAAGUGUCGAAAGAUGAGCGAAAACAGGACCGAAUAUGUAGAAUAGCGCGGUUAAAUAAACUGUCCGAAAUUAAGAGACAUUAAAUAUGGGCGAAAUCCCGUAUGUCCGAAAAUUAAGAGUCACGAAAAAUAAUUAUAUUUUGCUAAAAAUAGAGGGUUUCUGAAAACUUACAGUGUGCGAAAACUUUGAGUUAUUACGGUAGACGCGAAGAAAGGGGUUUAGGGCCAAUAGCAUUCCAAUGUUAAAAUGUUAACUGGUAAAGGGAAACACGUGCACAUCGUUAUCUCUUAGGGGUGCGGUACGAGAACAUUUUAUAUAAUUGUUUUGGUAAAAAUAUAAUUGCAUUGGACGCAAUGCUGUAUCAUCUCUUUUAAUAUAUUGUGUUUCUAUUUGCUACAUAUUUGUUAUGUUUAAACAUAUUCUUAAAUGCUUGAAUUUUUAAUUCAAAUGAUUGCAACCUUAUCUGCUUUUUGUCUUGUAUCAUUACAUACGGAAUAUUGCGCUAGUCAAUUGUUCCAAGAGUUUGUAUCACUCGAGUGGCUUGUGUGAUGACGUAUCACACGAGAGGCGGAGCCUCGAGUGUGAUGCGAAAUAGCACAAGCCACGAGAGUGAUACAAACUCUUGGAACAAUUGACUAGCGUAAUAUUCCUUUUAUUAUAUACAACAACUAACGAAAAUAGUUAACAAAUGUAUUUUUUACUUUAACAAAAUUGACAAAACAAUGACUAAAACGGUACGCCAUAGUUUAUUUAAGACGCGUAUGAAUACAGUUUAUGUAAAUUAACGUGUAAACAUUCGAACCGGGAAAACACAGGUUUCCGACACGCUUACCUUAAUGCCAUCGUUAAUCCAAUUUUUAUAACAACUAAGUUGACAACUUUAAUCCGAUGUUUAUAACAAAAAUGUUUAAACGAUAUGCACUUCCACUUUUAUCUUCCAUGUCUUUAUCGAAACUUAGUUUAAACCACACUAUUUUAUUGUAUUCCUAUCGAAAUAUACAUUUAUGCAUGAUAAACACACACUCAAAAUACGUUUUUAACACAUAGUUUACUGUUAAAAAACACCACGUCCGACAUGUCCUUACAGAGUUUAGAUAAAACUAUUGUGUUUUGCCACAGAAAUGACGUCACACGAUGUACUACGUAAUAUAUUUCGUAAUAUAAAAUAUUUCUAUUUUCGGCGCGUGUAAUGUGACGUCAUUAAAUGGGUCGAAGUAGUCCGGCUAGUAUGGUAAUACGGAAUUGGAAACAGCGAGUAGCGUAAUACGGGAUUUUUUAUUUCAACGAUUGAAACAACCUGUAUUUUGUUAAAAGCAUUAAACAGGUAUAUAAUAAAUUAAAUUAUUUGACUGGGCUACACAAAUAUCAGGUUGCAACAUGCCAUAUUACCUGAUUACAAUAAAAAUUGUAAAGGUG